UGAAAUUCUGGGUGAAUGGAAACAGAGCCAAAAGAGAACAAAGAACUGAUGAUGAGAUCAAUCACAGAGUGUCAACGGUGCUGGAACUGGAUGACAGACCGUUUAGAACACGGUUGGUUCUGUUAUCAGACGGUGACAAGUCGUCACUCAGACACCACCGCUGGGUAUUUCCUACCAUCAGCAUCCAGGAUGUGGGCUGGGAAGCAUCUGAUUUUCAAAAUGUUAAUGCAACAUCAGUAAAAUUAAUUUUAAAAAAUCAAGUGGAAAAAAAAAUGAACCAUUGAAGGUUGACAAUAAAAAGUACCAGUGCAUUUUAUGGCAGAGAAAAACACGUUAUCAGAAUCCAAUCAGUGGUGCAGGGUGAGGAGGAGGAGGAGGAGGAGGAGGAGGAGAGCAUAUUGCAGUGAGGCAGAAGAGUGUAUGAAGUGGAAAAAGGAGGUGCAGUGUUAGAGUAAACUGGAAAAAGGAGGAGGACGGAGAUUAGGAGACGAGGAAGGGAGGGAGGGAGGAAAGGAGUGGAAGAAGAAAUAGUGUAGAAACAAAUGAAAAUGUUAAGUGAGUGUGAGUGUGUGUGUGUGUGUGUGAGACCCUCGGUGGGGAAGGGGAAAAACAAGGGGACAGUUGCAGCAUAAAUGAGUGGCUGAGUGGUGUGAAGAGCGAGAAGGGGGGAGAGAGGGGGAGACAGUGGCUCUGUGGGGAGAUUAUUACAGCCGUGCAGAGUCGGAGCGAGAUGCGUUAACACUACAGCAGCAGCAGUAACAGCAGCAGCAGUAACAGCAGCAGCAGCAGUAACAGCCAGCAGCAGCAGCACUCUCUCUCUCUCUCUCUCUCUCCCUCUCCAGAACCCGCUCACAACAAAGGCUGCUGUGAUUUAGUGGUCGGUGGGAACAGUUGGACUGAAGCAGAGGAAGAAUCUGAGCCACAGCAACACUGAGGAGAGACUGAAGAAGAGGAGGAAACAAAGGAGCAGAGAAGGAGAGCUGAGAGAGGAGCAGUGUUGGACUGGAGAGGAGGAGAGACACUCAGCCACUCCUCCCCAACACCAAUACCAUUAACCAGAUCUGCUGACCUUCUUGGUCGUCCACGAUGUGUGUCCAGCUGAACACGUUACUGAUCCUCGGCCUGACAGUCACAGGGGGUGCCUGUAUGUUUCAUAACCACCACUGGGGCGAAUGGAACGACUCCCAGCUCCAGCCCACCAUCCAGAAGCUGAUGAAGGGUUACAACAGAUACCUGCGGCCCAACUUUAACGAGGGCCCGGUGGAGAUUGGAAUGAGCCUGGACAUCGCCAGCAUCGACGCCAUCUCUGAGAUCAAUAUGGACUACACCGCCACCAUCUUCCUCCGUCAGCGCUGGCGUGAUUCCCGGCUGGUUUUCCCGGGGAAUGAGAGCGUGAGCCUGGACGGUCGCCUGGUGUCGCUGCUCUGGAUUCCUGACACCUUCAUCCCUGACUCCAAACGCUCCUUCCUGCACGAUGUCACCGUGGAAAACCGUCUCAUACGCAUCUUCAGCAACGGCACCGUGUUAUACGCCCUGCGCAUCACCGCCACCAUCGCCUGUAACAUGGACCUGACCAAGUAUCCCAUGGACAGACAGGUGUGCACUCUGCAGCUGGAGAGCUGGGGCUACAACCUGCAGGACGUGGUGUUCUACUGGACCAGAGGGAAUGAUUCGGUGAAGGGUCUGGACACACUCCGAUUGGCCCAGUACAGCGUGGAGAGUUAUUACACCACCGUCACAGAGGCUGUGUACGAAACAGGACAGUACCCUAAGCUAGUGCUGCAUUUUGCCCUGCGGAGAAACGUGUUGUUCUUCAUCCUGGAGACGUACGUUCCCUCCGUUCUGCUGGUGGUUCUCUCCUGGGUCUCCUUCUGGAUCAGUCAGUCCUCAGUGCCAGCUCGGACCUGCAUCGGAGUGACCACAGUCCUGACCAUGACCACUCUGAUGAUGGGGGCCAGGACCUCCCUGCCCAACGCCAACUGCUUCAUUAAGGCCAUAGAUGUUUACCUGGGCAUCUGCUUCACCUUCAUCUUCGGGGCCCUGCUGGAGUACGCCUGCGCUCACUUUUACACCAUGGAGCACCAGACGGUGGGAGACAUAAAGAGGGAGAUCCAGAGGGAGUUCAAUGAAACCAACGGGAACGCCUCCCUCCCCAUCAUCAGGUCGACUCAACCAAACCAGUCUGUGGAAAUCAGCUCCACCGCUGAGGAGACCUCGCAGCAGCCGGUAAGGAAAGAGGCCAACACCCCCGAGGGGUCCAAGGAGAAAAUUGCGGACCACGAGUGCGGCCUGUCUUCGGUGAAGGAAGCCGCUCGCAGAGCAGCCGCUGUCCUCACUGUGGAAAAUCCACACAACAUCGACCGCCACGCUCGCACGCUUUUCCCUCUGGUGUUUCUGUUCGUCAACAUUCUCUACUGGCUCUACUAUCUCUGUCUGUGAGCGCCGCCGUCGACCUGCCGCUCGGUUCACGUCUCCA